AUGUCACAAGCUCCCCAACUUCCUCAAAAUCCAAUUAUUAUCGUUGGUGGAGGUCUUGCUGGUUUAUCAGCUGCUCAUCAAGUGUAUCUUAGAGGUGGUAAUGUUGUACUUCUUGAUAAACAAGGAUUUUUAAGUGGAAACAGUGGUAAGGCUACUUCUGGUAUUAAUGGAGCUUUGAGUCGUACUCAAAUUGAUCUUGGAAUUAAAGAUAGCGUUCAACAAUUUUAUGAUGAUACUUUAGCUGCUGCUAAGGAUCGUGCUAAUCCUGAUUUGAUUAAGGUAUUAACUUAUCAUUCAGCUGAUGCGAUUCAUUGGUUGCAAGAAGUGUUUGAUCUUGAUCUUACUAUUGUUUCAAGAUUAGGUGGUCAUUCACAACCAAGAACUCAUAGAGGAAGAGAUUCAAAAUUUCCAGGUAUGGCAAUUACUUAUCGAUUAUUAGAAACAUUUGAAGCAUUAACUGAAACUGAACCAAGUCGAGUUGCUGUCUUGAAAAAUUGUCAAGUUAUUGAUCUUUUAAAACAAGAUGGUGAUGAUUAUAAAAUUAAAGGUGUUAAAUAUAAAAAUUUAAAAGAUAAAUCAAAACAUGAAAUCAUUGGACCCGUCAUAAUGGCCACUGGUGGUUAUGCUGCUGAUUUUACUAAGAACUCUUUAUUAAGAAAAUAUAGGCCUGAUAUUGUUGAUUUACCUUCUACCAAUGGUAAUCAUGCAACUGGUGAUGGUCAAAAGAUUAUUAUGAAAAACAAAGGUGUGGGAAUUGAUUUAGAAAAAGUACAAGUUCACCCUACUGGAUUAAUUGAUCUCAAUGAUAAAGAUGUUAUUUCUGGUAAGACUCAACCAAGAUUCUUAUUCUUAGGAGCAGAAGCAUUGAGAGGUGAAGGUGGAUUAAUGUUUAAUGCUAAAGGUGAAAGAUUUGUUGAUGAAUUAGGAACUAGAGACUAUGUUAGUGGAGAAAUGGAGAAGCAAUUGAAAUUGGGUAAUGGACCGAUUAGAUUAGUGUUAUCUGAGGAAGCUGAAUCAAAAUUGGAAUUCCAUGUUAAGCAUUAUAAGUCAAGAAAUUUGAUGAAAACAAUUUCAGGUAAAGAAUUAUUAAAGGAAUUUAACUUAGAAUCGAACCCAAAUAAGUUAAUUAGUCAAUUAGACACCUACAAUAAAGCUGCUACUGGUAAAGUAAAGGAACCAUUUGGUAAGAAAUACUUCCCAGCUACUCCAUUUAAAUUUGAUAACAAUGCUAAAUAUCAUGUAUCAUUUAUUACUCGAGUCUUACAUUUCACCAUGGGAGGAGUUAAAAUCAAUGAUAAGUCUCAAGUUUUGCAUCAUGUUGGUGAAGAAGAAUAUGUUCCAUUUGAAGGAUUAUAUGCAGCUGGUGAAUUAGCUGGUGGUGUUCAUGGGCAUAAUAGAUUAGGUGGUUCUUCUUUAUUGGCUUGUGUUGUUUAUGGUAGAUUGGCUGCAGAUCAAGCUAGUAGUUAUUUCAUGCAUAAGUUAAGUACUAGCACUGGUUCUGUGGGUGCUACCGGUAGAUUGCAAAUGAUCAACUUACAUAUUGAUCCACUGAACCCUCAAAGAGUUACUAUCGAUUGGAGUGAUAAAGGGGAAUCGUCUGGUUCUGUACCAGUUACUGCAGCACCAGUGCCUACUUCUACUGCUGCAGCUGCAGCUGCACCAGCUCAAGCUCCAUCUCCUACCAAAUUUAAACAAUUUGAAAUCCCAAGUAAAGAAUUCACUGAAGAAGAAGUUGCAAAACAUAAUAAGCCUAAUGAUUGUUGGGUUAUUAUUAAGAAUGUAGUAUUAGAUUUAACCCCAUUUUUAAAGGAUCAUCCAGGUGGUGAACAAUCAAUUAAGAACUUCGGAGGUAAAGAUGCUACAGAAAGUUUUGAAAUGUUACAUGAAGAUAAUUUUAUUGAAAAGUAUACUAAAGAAUGUGUGUUAGGUAGAAUUAAAGGUAAGACUCCAGCUUUGGAAUUUUAA